GCCCGCCCAGCUGCGCACGCGCUCCGUCACGUCACAACGCUACAGAAUUCACUCGAGUUGGAUCCACUUUACGCGCCACCUAAUGGAAGAAAGCUGAUGUUUUGGCAACAUGUCUUUUCGAAACUAUUAUGAUACGCCAUCAUACGGCCGGAGCCGAGAUACCGGCCGGAGUUCCACAAGCACCGCCGCGGAACGACCGACAACAGUCACAGCGAAAUACCUCAACACAACGCCUUCUUAUAAGUCAUCGAGCAUCCCCAUAUUGUGCCCGGAACGAUCAGCUAAAGAAGAAACACCAAUAUCAGCUAUAGCUAACCGAUACGCAAACUAUGGUAAAUCAGAAAAACAACCCACCAAAUAUGAUGCCUACAACACGAGUAAGACGGAAAAGCCCACAACAAAAUAUGAAGCCUAUAGUAGUACCAACAAGACGGAUAAACCGACAAUGAAAUAUGACACCUAUAGUACCAGUAAAACAGAAAAACCAUUAUCUAAAUAUGAUACGUACAAUUCAACAAAAACUGAGAAACCUGCUUCCAAAUAUGACACGUAUGGUACAAGUAAAACAAAAGAACCGACGUCUAAAUAUGAGAAAAAAGAUUAUUCCAAACUUACAGUUCCAUCGAUAAGCACCAACAAAAGUAGAGACGUAAGUCCUGUUUCGACAUCGAAAUACAGUCUGACCCGACCUUCUCGGCACUUGAGCCCAGAACGGAGAACAACGAAAACUUACAAAGAUAAAAGCCGAGAUCCCAGUCCUGGGGAUCACGACAAAGACAUUCCAAGUAAGACUGACAAGUCUACAGGCUAUAACAGCCUGUCGAGUUACAAGUUAUACCCUCGAACUUCAAAUUACACACGACCUGCUUCAAGGGCAGAAGUUAAACCAGAAAUCACUGUAAACAGAUAUGCUAUAUCAAAUAGACUUUCCACAAACUAUUUAAGAAGUCCACCAACAGUAAAACGUACUUCCGUUUCUCCAGUAAAUCACACAGAGUCGGUUAAAAAUGAGUCAGAAAAGAGUACGCCGCAGCAACCUAUAGUAGAAGAAAUAAAAUCACAAAACGAGCCCGUAAAUGAAAAUAAUGAAGUUUUAAAUUGCAAAGAGGUAGAACCCGAAUAUAACGAAAAUGAGACUGAAACAGUUACUAUAGUAACACGUCAUACAUCACCUACUCCACCUGGUUCCUCAGCAUAUGUCCGAAGUCGACGAGCAGACAUGGCUAAAACCAUUGAAAAAUCAAUAACGAGACGUAAAAAGAGGCCUGAGAUGGUUGAUAAGGAAAUUCAAUCAGAUAGAUUAGACGAUCCUACACGUUCAAGUAGAUUUGGUAGCACAGCAAGAACAAGUGUUACUAACUGGUCCUAUUACACACCAAACUCCAGUAGCUAUACGGGAUAUGCUGGUAGAUACUCUACACAAUAUUCGAAUCUGAGAGAGAGUUCUGGCAGCAAUUCCUAUUCCGCUAGUGAACGAACUGGUCGAAGUCAAAGUACAGAGCCAGAUAAAAGAGAAAAUUCUAACUGCAAUUCUUUUACCGAGUAUAACAACAUCGAUACUAACAUGAGUAAUCAUAUAGCUGACAAUGAUCAAGAGGUUUUAUCGGUUUAUGCUUCUGAACAAAACAAAGGUGAUGAUACGUCAGAGAUUAUAAUUAAUGUAAAUCUUAAAUUGAAAAGAGCGAAAAGCCCAAUAGCUUCCACCGAAUUAGUAUCACCUGAAAUCACGAUCACAAAUAGUCAAUUACCACCACAAGCACCUAAACCAGAUGGAACUACAAAGACAAAAAAAAUUAAAGUAAAGAAAACUAGUACCGACUCAUCAUCAGAUUCGGGCGGCAAAAAGAAAAUAAUUAAGAGAAGAAGUAAAUCAGUGAGUUCUACCGAUUCAGACCAAGGAAGUGAAGUUAGUGACAAAGGUUCACCCCCUAAGAGCUUGCACAAGAAUUCGUCGAGUAGUAACUUACAAAAUGGACCUUCCAAAUUGAAACAUUCCAAAUCAAGAGAAAGUGCUAGUCCUGAAUCGAGUAUAACGUUAUCAACACAGUCAUCAAUUAGUGAAGAUGAAACUGUAUCAAAGUCCAAAACGAAUGAGUUAUCGAGAACUUCUGCAGAUGAGUUAUCAAUACCGACUGAUCGAUCGGGUAAACAACCAUCACCUACUUCUCCUCCAAGGAAUGAAACCGGUACGGAAGAAGCUAAAUCGUUCUUAAUACGAGCACUGGCGCCUGUUACGAAUUUAUUUAAAAUGAGACAUCAAGAAAGCAGUGAUAAUAGUCGUUGGUUAGAAAAUUCUACUUCAGAAUCAACUGGGAAAGAUGUAUCUAAUCUUACCACUGAAAGUGACAGAUCAAGUAAAAGUAAAAAUGAUACAAAUAAUAUAAUUGCAUCUAAUGACGACAAUUUAGUUAAACUAAAAGCAAUACGGCCUAUUGAAUCCGGGGAAAGAGCUUGGUGGUUAGAUUCUGAAUCGGAAAAGAAAAACAGUUUACAAAAUAGCGAAAGCCAAAGAUCUCCUUCAGAGAUAAACCUUCCUAGAAAAAUAACACACGUUGAAUCUGGGGAAAAGGCCUGGUGGCUUGAUUCUAACAGUGAAAGUAAACAUGAUAACCAAGCACCUCGUAUUAAUACAUCAGAUAGUUCUGAUUCAAACAAAAUUAUCAAGAAAUGUAAAUUUGUUGAUGAUGAAAAACCAUGGUGGUUGGAUAGCUGUGCUAAUAUUCCUGAGGGUAUUGAACGACUAAGUCCUCCAAGAAAAUCAUCAAGUGAUAGCGAGAAAAGUGAAAAAUUUAACUUUUUCAAAGUUCGUCAUAUAGAGUCUGGGGAUCAAAAGGACUGGUGGGUCACUAGUAAUGAAAAUUCGACGAAUGGUAGUAAACCUGACCAAAACGUAAUGCUGAGUAAAUCUGGUUCAGAACGCAGCUUUCCAUUAAGGCGGAUACGACAUAUAGAAUCUGGAGAGAGGCCUUGGUGGCUGGGUAGCAAUAAGAACAUUCCAGAAGGCAUUGAAAAGUUGCCUACUCCUCCACCACCCGAUGAAAGCGACUCAUCCGAUUCUGAAGUCCAAGUUUAUGUUCCACCUGCACAUAUACCUCCAUUCCCACUUCAUUUACCAGACGAUGAGCCAUUAGGAGCUAGAAGAAGCCCUGAAGGCUUAGAAACACCAAAAGAAAAUGAGGACUACCGAGGACGCACGUCUCCUUACGAAAAUAAUCGUCAAUUUAGAAGACCUUCAAACUCUUUCCAGAAAGGUGUAAAUAAAUAUAUCUCACGUUAUACAGAUAUAGAUGAUAUCCUUGGGACUUCUGGUCAAAUAUACAGUCCAUUUAUGGAUUCAAUACUAGCUAGGAGAACCGGACAGCUUCCAUUUGACGACGACGCGUGUGAAGAAAUAGAUCCAACGCAAGUCAGAAUCCAUGAUAGUACGGCGCAGCGACCUGUUAUUAAGAAGAUUCGUUCCAGAAGCAAUAUCAUCGAUUAUCGAGAGGAGGACCAAGUUGAAGAUUGA